UUUUAUAUACUGUGGGGAAAAUAUAGCUAUUACGAUUCAUACAAGCCUUAAAUAAGAAUGUUGGCCAUUUAAGGUUAAAAAAAGAGGAUAAAUUUUGCCAUACAAUGUCACUCGGUUGUCUUUUCUAUAAAUACAACAACUUUACUUUUUUGCAAUAAUAGUUUCGGAAUAAAUAGCAAGAUUAAAAUGCAAUGGUGUUGUAAUUAAUCAAAGUAAUGAAAAUUUAACAAGAUGAAAUUAUCACGUGUAAAAUUGUUCUGUAACAAGGGUCUGUACAAGUUAUUUAUACUACCGAAGGAGUGGACAGUGAUCGUGACGGCAUGUCGAGCGAGGAGCACCGCCGUCACCACGGGGCAGGAACAGUGCUUUCUCGAUUCGUGCAGCAUAAAGCCAAGCAUUCGCGAACCGCGAGUAAUUAUCGUAGGAGCCGGAAUAGCUGGUCUUUCGGCGGCCCAUAGACUGACACAAUGCGGCAUAUGCAAUUUUAACGUUUUGGAAGCAAAAGAAAGGCCCGGUGGACGUAUUCACUCGUGUUGGCUCGGAGAUUCAAUCAUAGAAAUGGGUGCUGAGUGGAUUCACGGCGCUUGUUUACCCAAUUCUGUAUACACGCUAGCGUCACAAGAUCGGCUACUCCAAGCACCCUUACCUCGCCUGGACAAUUCCCGUGGUUUAUUUUGUACAAGCGAGGGGCGCGCCGUGGAUCUGCCGGUCACCAUCACUGCCUAUCACACAUUCAGACAAAUCGAGCAGCAGGCCGCUAAUUUGUUUAGAUUAGGCGGUGAGAAGAUGCACGGUACACUGCUUAACUUCUUCGGUUUGCGUAUACAACAAGAACUGUACAAUUUUCCCGAGGACCAAAGGUAUGACGCCGCUCGAGUAAUGUUUGGCUUGACUAAUAUUUUACGAAAUAGAUGCGGGGACGACUUGUCGCUCGUCAGUGCGGACCAAUACGGCAGCUACAUAGAACUGCCAGGUGGCAGCGUGCGCGUGCCGCUGGGGUAUGUGGGCGUGUUGGCGCCGCUGCUGCGAGGACUGCCGGACAAUAGUGUAAAGUAUAAUAAAGCCGUAAAUAUUAUACGAUGGGGUCGAGGCCAGGCGGGUACCGGCCGAGCUCUAGUCAAGUGUUGUGAUGGUGAAGAGAUCACAUGCGACUAUGUCAUCGUUACCGUUUCCCUAGGAUGCCUUAAAUGUCAAGCGGAUAAGCUGUUUGCACCGCCUCUUCCUUCGUGUAAAUUGGAUGCUAUAUGUAGUUUGGGUUUUGGACUCAGUGACAAAGUAUUUAUGGAAUAUAAAGAACCGUUCUGGGUGUGCCAUGAGGGUAACAUGAAGUUAGCAUGGUCAGCCGAAGAAUUACAAUGCAGAAACGACUGGACGGAUGGAGUCUGCGCAAUCGACGAACUACCCGGCAGCAAACACGUUCUGUGUGCUUGGAUUUCCGGACAGGAGGCGGCUGUUAUGGAGUCUAAAGCCGACAUCGACGUUGUCGAAGGACUCACGAAGCUACUGCGACGCUUUACCGGAAACCCUUGCCUGCCAUACCCACAAAUGAUGUUGCGAUCCCGCUGGGCUUCAGAUCCGCAUUUCUGUGGAGCAUACUCAUACAUGAGCUGUUGUUCUAUGGUGAGCCACCAAUGUGAAUUGGGUAACCCGGUGCCGGGACCUUGUGACCCCCAACCUCCUAUACUAUUGUUCGCCGGUGAAGCAACUCUCCCUGGGUAUUUCUCAACUGUCCAUGGAGCAAGACUAAGUGGAAUUCGUGAAGCCGAGCGCAUUAUAUUGCUAACAAAAAAAUUCAAUGGUCCACCACCUUAA